AUGAACAGAGAAAACGAGUAUAUGGGAACAACUAGUUUCAUGUUGUGGAAAGUGGGUUUACUUCUUUUGGCAUUGAUAGAGGCUUCUUCUGCAACACUUUCUCCUACUGGUGUAAAUUAUGAAGUUGAAGCUUUGGUGGCCAUUAAAAGCGAUCUAAUUGACCCACAUAAUGUUUUGGAGAACUGGGAUAGUAACUCUGUAGAUCCCUGUAGCUGGAGGAUGGUUACUUGUACCGCCGAUGGCUAUGUAUCUGCUCUGGGAUUGCCUAGCCAGAGCUUGUCUGGUAUCUUAUCUCCUGCAAUUGGAAACCUCAGUAACUUGCAAUCUGUGUUGCUUCAAAAUAAUGGCAUCUCAGGUCCAAUUCCCACGACAAUUGGGAAUUUGGAGAAGCUUCAGACACUUGAUCUCUCCAAUAAUUUUUUCACUGGUGAGGUACCAGAUUCUUUGGGCAACCUGAAGAACCUGAAUUAUUUGCGGUUAAACAACAACAGCCUUACAGGACCCUGCCCUGAGUCUCUGUCCACGGUUGAAGGUCUCACUCUUGUGGACCUUUCUUUCAACAAUCUGAGCGGAACCUUGCCAAAAAUAUCCGCGAGAACUUUCAAAAUUGUAGGAAACCCUUUGAUUUGUGGUGUAAAGGCUGAGAACUGUUCUGCUGUCCUUCCAGAGCCCCUAUCUCUCCCACCUGAUGCUCUAAAAGCUCAAUCAGACUCUAGGAUGAAACGCCGCCACAUGACUAUAGUCUUUGGUACAAGCUUUGGAGCUGCUUUUGGUGUCAUAAUAAUUAUUGGGUUACUUGUUUGGUGGCGAUACAGACACAACCAGCAGAUAUUCUUUGAUGUCAAUGAUCAAUAUGACCCAGAAGUGUGCUUGGGGCAUUUGAAGAGGUAUACAUUUAAGGAGCUCCGGGCAGCAACAGACCAUUUCAACUCAAAGAACAUUCUAGGGAGGGGUGGUUUUGGGAUUGUAUACAAGGGAAGCUUGAACGAUGGGACUCUGGUGGCGGUUAAAAGGCUAAAGGACUACAAUACUGCUGGUGGUGAAAUCCAGUUUCAGACAGAAGUAGAGAUGAUUAGUUUGGCUGUACAUCGAAAUCUUCUGAGGCUUUGCGGGUUUUGUUCAACUGAGAAUGAAAGACUUCUUGUUUACCCUUUUAUGCCUAAUGGAAGUGUAGCCUCUCGAUUAAGAGAUCAUAUACACGGUCGACCAGCUCUAGACUGGGCAAGGAGAAAGAGAAUAGCCUUAGGGACGGCCAGGGGAUUGGUUUAUUUGCACGAGCAGUGUGACCCCAGAAUUAUCCAUCGUGAUGUUAAAGCAGCCAACAUUUUGCUAGAUGAAGACUUCGAGGCAGUUGUUGGAGAUUUUGGGUUGGCAAAGCUUUUGGAUCACAGAGAAUCUCAUGUGACCACAGCUGUGCGCGGCACUGUAGGCCACAUUGCUCCAGAGUAUUUGUCAACAGGUCAGUCAUCAGACAAGACAGAUGUGUUUGGGUUUGGGAUCUUGCUCCUGGAGCUAAUCACAGGUCAAAAGGCUUUGGACUUUGGACGAGUUGCAAACCAGAAGGGUAUAAUGCUUGAUUGGGUGAAGAAGCUCCAUCAGGAGGGAAAGGUGAAUCUCAUGGUGGAUAAGGAUCUAAAGGGCAAUUUCGACAGGGUUGAGUUGGAAGAAAUGGUUCAGGUUGCCCUCUUAUGUACUCAAUUUAAUCCUUUGCACCGACCAAAAAUGUCUGAAGUAUUAAAGAUGUUGGAAGGUGAUGGUUUAGCCGAGAAAUGGGAGGCCUCACAGAAGAUUGAGACACCAAGGUUCCGGUCAUGUGAACACCCGCGGCAAAGAUAUUCAGAUUUUAUAGAAGAAUCUUCACUUGUGUUAGAAGCUAUGGAACUUUCUGGCCCUAGGUGA